UCCUUCAAAACACAUUGCGCUCGUUCUACUAAAGGAACAAGCCCUUUUGUUUUGUUUUCCUCUUUAAAUUCCCCCCCGUAAUCCUGAAGGUGUGAGCUCACUCUGAAACUAGAUUGGGUCUGUGUUUAUUUUGUUCCACAGAAACAAAGUUAGAAUGUUUAAGUGGAAGAAGAGUCUUUUUUGGAGAAUCCCAGUUUUCUUCACGUUUGGUGCACUCUUUGUGUGUGCUGAGUCCCGCCAUAAGGACAACAAGCAACCGCCCAGCCAAGGAGGACUCCUGCAAGCUCUGUAUUCUCUGAACUCUGCCAAUGGGACAUUCCUGCACAAGAACAACUCAACAGAUAUUAUAUCAUUAUUGCUGGAAAAAGUUGAAUGUCCCAAGAAUGUACAUGGAAAACAGGAUCCUUGCACUCAGUGCCUUCGACCUGAUGCCCUACUCUUCAUGGUGGGAAUAAAUAAAAGUAGUGACAUUGACGAUGAUGCAAUACAGAAAAUAUCAGUGGUGCUUCUAUUUUAUAUAAUGAACCAAAAGGACUUCUGCACCUCAAUAAGUAAUCUGACCAAAAUGGACUAUAAAUUCUACCGCAAUAGUCUUCUUAAACUCCGAAAAGAUGAAGACUGUCAUUAUCUUUCCCUGAAUGAAAUAGAUGAUAUUCUCUCUGUUUCAAAGCAAUAUUUCCAACUGCUUGAGGAAAAACAGUGUACAGAUGUGAUUUCCAUGGAGGAUGCAUUUGCAAUGGUGGGCAGUACUGCAGUCGAUGAAAUAAAGCUUCCCAGGCUCGCUGAAAUCAUCCUUACAUUAUCCCUUCAGCGUGUCUGUAUAACAAGAAAACAAUUUCCAAAUGCAGAAUUCUUCACUGAUUUCAUUUUCCAGUCGUUCAACAGAACUAAUGACCUGUAUGCCCCAGAUAUUGCUGAACUUAUUGGGGAACUUAAAGCAACUGGUGACUGCAGUAAGUUAAGCAACAGAAGGAAAUCAGUAAGGUCUGUAAUACCACAAAAAGACAAUGAACUCUUGUCUAACACAAAUGAAGAGAAGGGACAUGACCACAGUGACAUCUAUGAGGUGGAGGCACACUCACGCUAUUGGCAUCAGACUCACUCCUGUUUCUCGGUGUAUGAACUUGUGAAAGUAUUUUUUAAAAACAGCCAUUCUCCUGUUUCCAAAGAGCAAUUUAAGCAAAUUAGUCCGGCAAUAAUUCAUCAGCUCCUUACUUGCUCAUGCCCGCCAGCAAGCAACGGAACCACGCGGCUUGCUCCUCCCACCACAUUAGAGAAAUAUGGCUACAGCACAAUCUCGGUGCUGCUUCUCACAAUUGGAUCUAUGUUUGGCGCCACUCUCAUCAUAUUUAGCUCCUGUGAGGAAAACUACAAACUUAUUUUACAGCUGUUUGUAGGACUGGCAGUUGGAACGCUCUCAGGGGAUGCGCUUCUUCAUCUCAUUCCUCAGGUACUUGGUGUACAUGAAGUUGUCACCCAUGAACAUCAUAUGCAACAAGGAGACUACAUUUUUGAAGAGAAUGAAUAUUUGUGGAAAAUAAUGGGGAUGAUUGGAGGAAUUUAUGGAUUUUUCCUGAUUAACAAGCUUUUUUUCCUUCUUGUUUCAUCUCCAAAGCAGGGUCUGUCAUUAAUGAAUGGACACUUGACACAUUCACAUGAUCUACCACUGGAUGCUCAUUUAGGAGAUCAAUCAAGGAAAGCAAAAUCUAGCUCUACCAUUCAGCUGAGAAGUCCUGAUGACUGUGAGCAUUCUGAAGUCCCAGAAACUUUACCUGUCAGGCCUAAAGCAAGAAGGAAAAGCAAAGGAAUAAGCUUACUUGCCAUUAUGAUUCUGGUGGGAGACAGUCUUCAUAACUUUGCAGAUGGAAUGGUAAUUGGAUCAGCGUUUUCAUCCUCAACCGAGACCGGUAUUGCCAGUACAGUUGCCAUUCUGUGCCAUGAAAUUCCUCAUGAAAUGGGUGACUUUGCUGUGUUACUGAAUACAGGACUCUCGGCAAAGAUUGCCUUUUUAAUGAAUUUCAUAAGUGCAUUAACCGCCUUUGCAGGUCUUUAUAUCGGCCUCUCACUUUCAGCCAAUCCUGAUGUUCAGAUAUGGAUAUUUGCUGUCACGGCUGGGAUGUUCUUAUAUUUGUCACUUGUUGAAAUGCUCCCUGAGAUGAUUCACGUACAAACACAACGGCCCUGGCUGAUGUUUUUUCUACAAAACCUGGGACUGCUACUUGGCUGGCUUUGCCUGUUACUGCUGGCAAUUUAUGAGCAUAAAAUUCAGUUUUAGAGAGAAGCCCGACUGGCAGUGAUACAGUGUAAAUGUGGGAUUACAUGUUCUUUGUGUCUUUAAUUUCACAUUUAAUUUCUUUUUUGACAAGUUUUCAUUAAGCAGGAUGAGAAUGAAUUGUUUAAAAUCUUUUUUUACUAUUAAAAGAAUUCCAAUAUGUUGUUUUUCAAA